CUCUCUCUCUCUCUCUCUCUCUCUCUCUCCCUCUUCCUCUUCGACGCAGGCGCGAACGCCGCGGCGAGAAGCGUGUGGGGGUUUCGGCGCGGCGACGCGCGGACGGCGAGGUGAUUAUGCCCGAGGCGAUACCGGCAUGCUUCCGCGGCGUGCCGGGAGGAUUGGGCGCGGGCGCGGGCGGUGGCGGGGGCGGAGCGGCGGGGCAGUCGGGGGGAGCGGGGACUAGCCUGGCGACGUCUGUGUACGAGACGCGGCUCGGGCUGGCGGCGCUGUCGUGGUCGCGCGCGGCGCUCGGGCUCAGCCUCCGGGUCGUGCUCCGCGUGGCGGGCGGGGCCGGGGCCGGGGCGUGGGCCGCGUCGUCGUCUUCGGCGGCGUCGGAUUACGGGUGCUACGACGAGGGGCCGGAGUGCUACGGGGAGAUGGAGGACGAGGAGGAGGCGACCGUCGCGGUGCGGGUCCGGCCGUGGCUGCUGUGGCGGCGGCGGGGGUCGAAGCAGUUCCGCGUGCGCGACCGGCGGGUUGACCUGGCGUGGGACCUCACGCGAGCGCGGUUCGCCUGCCCCGGCUCGCCGGAGCCGUCGUCUGGGUACUUCGUCGCGAUCGUGGUGGAUGGCGAGAUGACGCUCGUUGCGGGCGACAUGGCGGAGGAGGCGUACAGGAAGACGAAGGCGCGGCGCGGCCCCGGCCCCGACGCCGCCCUCAUCUCCCGGCGCGAGCACGUGUCGUUGCGCGACGGGGGCCACGGCCGCGCGCACAAGACGUUCGUCAACGUCCGCGGCAAGGAGCGGGAGAUCUCGGUGGAUCUCGUGUCACGCGGCCACGGCAAGGAUAGGGACAAGGACAAGGAGAGGGACAAGGCCGACGUCGGCAUGUCGAUCUCCGUCGACGGCGAGCGCGUCCUCCACAUCCGACGCCUGCGUUGGAAGUUCCGCGGCACCGAGAAGGUUGACCUCGGCGGCGGCGACGGCGUGCAGGUCUCCUGGGACCUCCACCACUGGCUCUUCCCCACGCGCGACACGGCACCAGCCGACGCCUCCGCGGUCGUCGCGCCGCCCCAGCCCGCCCACGCCGUCUUCAUAUUCCGCUUCGAGCUCGCCCACAUAGGCGGCGAGGAGCGCGACUCUGCCGAGGUCAAGGAGAAGGAGGUCCUCGACAACGCCGGGAGUGGCGGCGGCGGCGUUGGCGCCUGGGCAGGCUACCUCGGCAGGUGGGGAAGAGGGGACUGGAGCGAGAGCAGCAGCAACGGGGACAACCGGCGGAAGAGGGGGCAGGCGCGGAGGCUGGCCAAGGCGAGCUCCUCCUCGUCGGCCUCCGUGGCUUCCUCCUCCGCGUCGUGGGCCAGCGGCUCGACGGUCAUGGACUGGGCGAGCCCCGAGGAGGCCGAGCUGCAGCGCGGCCAUGGUUUCUCCCUCCUCGUCUACGCCUGGAAAUGCUAGCAAUUGGCGCCGCCGAUCGAGCCAGCAUUCUUUCCAUUGAUGAUUGGUGAUAAUUCAGUGAGAUUUUCUUCUUCUCUUCUUCGGAUUGUUGUAAGUUGCAUUGUUAUCCGAGCAAAUGUUCUUGUGCAGUUUUGAAUCAUUCAGCUGACCAAAUUGUUCAAUUCAAAUUUCAAAGCCAAAGAAAUUCAAACAGAUUGAUAGUUAGACCAAAUCGUA